AUGGCUACUUCUAUCCAUUGCAGUCUGAAUCCAAAUGGUAUUGAUCACUCUGUCCAUGCAGAAGGUAUUAACCAGCAAAUUGAAGGUGAAAGCAUUGAAUCUCAAGCUGUUAAGAACAAAACUACCCAGAAGUCACCUGACCUGAAAGAAACACCAAAGCGACAACAAAUUGAGGCAGAGGCAUCUAAGUCUGGCACAGUGAAGCUGUCAAAACCAGUGGCUCUGUGGACCCAGCAGGAUGUCUGCAAAUGGCUGAAGAAACAUUGUCCAAAUCAGUAUCAGAUCUACAGACGGGCGCUCCUGAGACUCACUGACAAAAAGCUGGAACGAAUGGGGAUUGCCCAAGAGAACCUCCGACAGCACAUCUUGCAGCAGGUGCUUCAGCUGAAGGUUCGAGAAGAAGUCAGGAACCUUCAGUUACUCACACAAGUGGAAGGGUGUACAUUUGGCAUCCUUGCUAGUGUGAGCAAUUCUCCUGGCAGCUUUGCAGGGUUAGGGAGCUGCUCUGCCAGAUAG